AAGCUGAGUGUUGAUGUUGAUGCCGAUGAAGAACACGUGAAGAGGAAGAGGAUCCUCAGACUCAGAAGUUUCAUCAGGACCAACACGUCCAUGGAGACUCUUCAUCUCAGGACCCCUGCAGCAGCUCAUGUCUGAGGAAGACGCAGGAAACUCGGACCAGUUGCUUCUCGACCGUCGGUAAAGAUGUUCCCUGUUUUCUUUCUGCUGCUCCUCUUUGUCCGGAGCGCGGAGCUCCGUCACCUCCACCCGGAGUCCCACCCGGGGCUGGGGGCGCAGCGGGCGGAGGGCGCAGGGACGGAGGAGUCCUCCCCGGACAGGACGUCUGCACCCCGGGUGGAGAGUUUGAGAGAUGCCGACCUGAAGCGAGUCGCCCGCGGGGCUAAAGACGGGAAAAGAGACCCGCACCCCCCGAGUGGUAUCGGGCAACCGCGGCGGUACGACGACCCGAGCGGCUUCUUCACCACACCGCGGACCGACCGGCGCAGCUCCGCCCCGCCGGGCAACCGGUCCUCCGGGUCCGGGCUCCUCAACCCGCUGCUCCCGGUCUCGGACGGGGCGUACUGGGCGUACGCCAUCAUGCUGCUGGCUCUCGUGCUGUUCGCCACGGGCAUCGUGGGGAAUCUCGCGCUCAUGUGCAUCGUUUGGCACAACUUCUACCUGAAGAGCGCGUGGAACUGCGUCCUGGCCGGAAUGGCCCUCUGCGACUUCCUCGUUCUCUUCUUCUGUCUUCCGGUGGUCGUGUUCCACGAGCUCACACUCAAGAGGUUGCUAGGAGACCUGUCCUGUCGGCUGGUGCCCUACCUGGAGGUGACGUCUCUCGGUGUGGCAACGUUCAGCCUCUGCGCUCUGAGCAUUGAUCGGUUCCACGCUGCCACCGGCCCCGGGCCCCUGCAGUCGCCGAAAGUGGAGCCCUGCCAGUCCAUCCUCUCCAAGCUGGCCGUCAUCUGGGUGGGCUCCAUGGUGCUGGCUGCCCCCGAGCUGCUUCUGUGGCAACUCCUCCAGGAAACUGUCAGCCUGCCAACGCUCCCCACUGACCUGCUGCAGAGCCAGCCGGCAGGCUCGCUGAUGGCGGCGUUCAGAGGCCGAACAGAUGCGUUCAAAGUGGAUAUCUGUGUUCGGGAGCCGUCUGCGGAGCUCCCAGAGGGCAUCUACUCUCUGGUGCUGACGUACCACGAGGCCCGUAUGUGGUGGAUCUUCGGGUGCUACCUCUGUCUGCCGCUGCUCUUCACUCUGGCCUGCGACCUGGUGACCAGGCAAGUGUUGGCCCAGCGUCUGCUACAGAGACCUGAGGGCAACAAGGCGCCCGGCAGGUGCUCCUCCUCCUCCUCUUCGUCUUGCUCCUCCACAAAGAAAAAGCCGCACGUGAGGCAGCAGCGGCUGCGCUCCACUGUGAUGGCGCUCACCAUCUUGUACAUCACAUGCAACCUGCCAGAGAGCAUCUGUAACAUCACCCUGGCGUACAUCUCCAUCCCAGAGUCCGCUGUGCUCCCGGCUGUUGUUCUGCCAGCGCUCAGCUUGAUCGGACAGUUCCUGUUGUUCGUGCGAUGCUCUGCGACGCCGGUGUUGUUGCUGUGCCUGUGUCGAUCCCUGGGCCAGGCCUUCAUGGACUGCUGCUGCUGCUGCUGUGAAGAGUGCCUCCCCGACGGCAGCUCCUCUUCAUCCUCUUCAGCGUCGGCCACUGCCACCUCCAUCCUCUCCUCGCCCACUUCACCCUCUCCAUCGUCCCUGUGUCCGUCCAGCAAAGAGGACACGAUGAAGGGCCUGUUGGGGACAGAACCGGCCAUCUGUGACCGGGCUAAAGACUCUUCAGCAGCUAUGGGGACGCCGUGCUGAGACUGAACUGCCACACGUGGAACUUUAAAGGAUCGUUUAGGUUUAUUAAAACUUUGUUCUUAUUUGUAGUUUGGUGCAUCACGUAUGUCAGCAAUAACAACAUGGCCGUCAGGAGAUAAAUAGCUGAGAUCGUCACUAAAAAGAAGUCGGACAUGUCAAGUGUAAUAAAAUGUCAGUUGAUCAGAUUGGAAACGAGAUAAAAGUGAACUCAGAUUACACUAUAAGGCCAAAAGUAUCAUUGGUUAAUGUAGAGGAACUUGAGAGGCCGACACUACUGCAGUGUAAAGACUCAAGACGAUAGAUGGACCAGCUAACGUAACCAAACCUGUCAUUUCAGAAGUUAUGUCCAAACCCAACCCGGACCUCCCAGGCUGGUGUCGGGUGUCCACUCUCUAAACCAAACCUCUUUUUGAAGACACAGCUCAUUUGAUCACUGAUGAAACAGCAACUAGAGUGAGAAGAGUCAUAUUUGAGUGAAAUGCUGAUCUGAGUCAGAUUAUCUGAUGAAAUAAAGAUAAUAUGGGUUAUUUUCUCUCCUCUCAGACAUAAUGUUCUUGCUGCUGAUUCAUAUGAUGCACAAAACGACCUAAAUAAAACCCAAGCUGUGAUAAACUGGAAUAAUCUUUUAGUCUCAGUCUGUAUGAACUCCUGGAGCAGAGACUAGAGUUAGAUUUAAAAGGUUAGAUGGAUUUGAUCCUGUAAUUAAAGGACUCAGUAGUUUAGCAGUUUUUUUAUGCUACGUUUUACAUGUUGUAGUUAUUAAUAAUUGUCUAACACUCAUUCAGGAUAUUGGUGUUACCUGCUCUGAGCACUGUGAGAGAAACACUGGAUAGUUUUUAUAUUUUAGAACGAUGUUUAACUGAAGAUGAAGACCUACUGAGACUGUGUCCAUAUACUCUGCUGUUUGUUUUGACUGUAUUUUGCUGUGCACACGUGGCUCAUGUAUGAUCCACUUACGUGUUUCAUGUGAGUCGUACGUCGCAGCUCCAGAUGUGUGAAACACAUGUGGUUAAGAUACUGAAAUGUUUUCUGUGCCGACGGCAGCUUAAAAAACCUGGUGAGAGAUCGAUCAUGAAGAAUCAUGAAAGUGUGAAGUGUUUUUUACUUUUAUUAUGUUUCAUUGUGUGUUUCAGUAAAAUUUAGAUUUUC